AUGUCCAUCAAGGGAUCCAUCCAGAUCCUGGCAUUACUGCCCCUGCUACAGACCAUCGUUCUCGCCCAGAAUGGCCGCUUCAUCGUGACGGGUAGGCAGACCGCCCUCAACACGACGAGCGGUGAGCUGCCCUCCCGUAUGAAUGUCAACCAGCUGCAGAAUGAUGGAGGCGCUCUCUGGGAUCUUUUUAUUCUUGGUCUGGCCGAGUUCCAGCAGGCGAAGGAGAGCGAUGAGAAUUCUUACUUUGGUAUUUCUGGUAUUCACGGUCGUCCAUACAUCCCAUGGAACGGCGUUUCGGCUGCAUCCGGCGGCAAUGGGAGGGGUUACUGUCCUCAUGGUGAAAUCCAAUUCGCCACUUGGCAUCGUCCCUAUGUCGCAGUGUUCGAGAUGGUUCUUGGCCAGCACAUCACCACAGUUGCCUCGCGCUACCAAGGCUCCCAGGCGGCGACUUACCAGGCUGCUGCUGAGAACUGGAGGAUGCCUUACUGGGAUUGGGCCAGUGACUAUAAUCUGCCGCCGGCAGCCAUGAUGCCAACCAUCUCGGUCAACGGCCCUACGGGACAGACGACCAUCAAGAACCCGUUGUACAGCUACAAGUGGCAGCAGUUCCCUCUCAACACGGCCAACAACUACUUCCCCACCAGCACGGACCGCAACUGCUGGGGCUGGCCCGAGACAACUCGCCAGCCUGAUUCCCGAGGAAACAACCAGUUUCAGAUCGUCAACCAGGAUCUGGCCGAUGCCAACAAUCCGCUCAAGAGCCAGGUGUACCGCAUCAUGUCGACGGUCACCGACUUCAACACCAUGGCCACCUAUGGUACCAGCGGCUUGAGUUUCGAGGCUCCCCACAACGAUGUGCAUACAUCCAUGUAUGCCAUCAUGACAUACCUUGACUACUCUGGCUUCGACCCCAUUUUCUGGUUGCACCACGCCAACGUCGAUCGUCUGAUCGCCCUUUGGCAGGCAGUCAACUACAACAACACCGUGCAGACCGGCAGCUAUCGUACCCGCGGUCUGUACGCCACGCCUGCCAACUCCGUCAUCACGGCCGACAGCGAGCUGAAGCCCUUCUACCGUGACGCCAACAACUUCCACACCGGCAGGACGGCGUCCACGACCAAGAACUUUGGAUACACGUACCCGGAGUUGAAGAACGAGAACAGCGCCACCAAGGACCAGCUGCGCCGCUCCGUCAUCAGGUCCGUCAACAUCCUCUACGGUGACGGCUCCAUGGCCAGCCAGCCCGACCCGGCCGCCGUGUCGUCCGUCGCGCCCGCGCCGUCCAGCACCGCCGCGUCCAGCUCCUCGGCCGCUCCUCAGUCAUCGACUGUUGCUUCUGCCCCGGCCGUUUCAUCCAGCAGCUCGGCCCCCUCAGCUUCUGCUGUUCCUGUUGAUAACAGCAGCGACGGCCAGAACGAUGGUGAUAAUGACGGCAGCAACGAUGGCGAUACGGACUCUGCACCUGCACCUGCACCUGCACCUGCUCCCAACCCCGCCCCUGCCCCUGGACCUGCGCCGGCUCCCAACCCCGCCCCUGCCCCGGCCCCUGCUCCUGGACCCGGCGGCAACGGCAAGGGCAAGGGCAACGCGAACAACCGCAGGAACUGGGGCCCUUGGUCCUGGCUUUUCGGCCGGCGCAGCCGCAUGGUCAAGCGCGACCCGACCCUGUCAGACCUCGAGCUCAUCCCCGAGAUCCUCGGCAAGGUCGCUCCCGGCAUCAGCGACGUCAUCAAUGGCGCGGUCGUCAAGGUCUCCGCCGGCGACUACGGCAGCAUCGGCAAGCAUUCCAAGAAGCCGUCGGCCUCGUCGGCCGGCAGCAGCUAUGGCAGCAGCAGCAGCAGCAACAAGGCCUCGCCCGCCCCGGCUGCUCCCAUCAAGCAGUACUCGAUCGGCGUCGAGGUCGAGCGUAGCGAGCUUCCUCUCCCCUGCAGCCUGGUCUUCUCCAUUGGCAACACGUACAUCGGCCACACGGCUCUGCUUUCCAUGCCCAUGGAGGGUACCACCUACGACGACCUGCCGCUUGACAAGGCCAUCAAGGCUGCUGGCAUGAACCCGGUCGACGUCAACAAGAUCCAGGACCUGCUGACUGCUCAGAUCAAGAUGCCCAACGGUACCAUGAUCACCAAUGCCAACGUUCCCAGUCUCAAGGUCAAGGUCCGCGGUGAGGAGGUCAGGCCCCCGGUCGCUCUCGAUGAGUUCCCCACCAUCAUCAGCAACUUCUUCAACGGUCCUACUCUUGGUGGCCUGAAGUGCAAGAUCAUCAAUGCUCUGGGUGGCGACUUCAACGACGCUGCGGAUCAGGGCUAUGGUAACGGCCCGGCCCCCAGCAACACCAACCAGGGCGAUGACUACAGCAACGACAACAAUGACAAUGAUGACGACAGUGAUGACGACGACGACAACGAUUACAACAACACUCCGGCCCCCCAAUCGUCUGUCGAGCCCGUCAGCCAGCAGCCAAGCCCCUCGGGUGGUGACUAUGCCCCUGCCAAUACACCGGCAGCCUCAUCCCCUGCCCCGUCACCUUUGACCAGCGACGUCGUGCCUGUCCAGACCACCAUGUCGACUGUCACUGCCCCGUCGGCCCAGUCCACCUCCAGCAACGUCCCCGACUUGGCAUUGCCAUCGUCGUCGUCGUCGUCGUCGACUACCCCGGUCUUUAGGGAUGAGACCACUUCGCCUGUCUCGCCAUCUCUGGCAUCGACCACUCUGUCUGCAUCCGAGACUCCCAGCUCUGAUGUCAAGCCCGCUCAGAGCACAACUUCGCCGGCUGCGGACACAUAUGUUCCUUCGCCUUCGGUUGCGACCACCGCCACCACCUCGUCCGUUGAGGCUGUUGCUGUGACCUCGUCUACCUCGGCUACUCCGGUCGCCGAGACUUAUGCUCCUUCGUCCUCUGUGGAGACGACUGCUUCUGCGGUUGUGCCUGCAUCAGAGACCCCUGCCUCGGACGUCAAGCCCGUCGAGAGCACCACCUCCCCGGUUGCUGACAACUAUCCUCCUUCGCCCUCGGCCAUGAGCUCUUCGGUUGAGGCCGUCGGUGUGACUUCUUCCACCUCUGCCGUUGUGCCCGCUUCUGAGACCCCUUCGCCUUCUCCCUCGGACUCGGGCGAUCAGGGCUACACUCCCCUGCCCUCGCCUCAGACCACAGCCUCCUCCGUCGAGGCGGUUGGUGUGACUCCGUCAGCCACCCCGGCCACCACCAGCCCAAGCUCUGUCGUCGUGCCUGCCUCCGAAAUGCCCUCGCCUUCGCCCUCGGAUUCCGACGACUAUCCCCCGUCUCCAUCUUCGGUCCAGCCUACAACUUCGUCUGUUGAGGCUGCCGGUGUGACUUCCUCCACCUCCGCCGUCGUGCCCGCUUCCGAGACCCCCUCGCCUUCGCCCUCGGAUUCUGAUGACUAUCCUCCGUCUCCAUCGUCGGUCCAGCCCACAACUUCGUCCGUCGAGGCUGUCGAUGUGACUCCGUCAGCCACCCCGGCCACCACCAGCCCAAGCUCUGUCGUCGUGCCUGCCUCCCAGAUGCCCUCGCCUUCGCCCUCGGAUUCAGACGACUAUCCUCCGUCUCCAUCCUCGGUCCAGCCCACAACUUCGUCCGUCGAGGCUGUCGGUGUGAUUUCCUCCACCUCUGCCGUUGUCCCUGCCUCCGAGACUCCCUCGUCAAUCGUCCCGGUCGUUUCGUCGGCCAGCCCGAAUGCUUCCGCCUCGAACAACUACCCUCCAUCGCCCCAAUCCUCAUCAGUCGUUCCCGUCGUCAACUCGCCCACGACGACACCGGCUCCCGCCAACGACGGCUACGGUAACCGCGCACCGGCCCCGGUCCAGUCUGCCGUCCACCCCACCGCCGAUCAGAACUACCCGCCGUCCAACAACGCAGGCGGCUGCGGUGCCGUGCCCCCUGCUGCCCCUGCCGCCCAGCCCGUGCGCAAGGUAGCCGUGGAGGUCGCCAAGCCCGCUCCGCAGUCCACGGCUCAGGCCACCGCCGAGACCCCCAACGGCGAGAUCUUCACGCCCUCGGCGCCCAAGUCCCCUGCCAACGCCGAGCCCGCCGUCAAGAACACCCCGCAGGGCGCCGUCUUCUCCCCUUCCCCGGCCAGGAAGCGCACCGCCAAGAUCCGCAUGGCCAGGCGCGCGGCCAUCCAGGCCCGCUCCCUGGGUCUGCUCGAGGGUCUGAUCGGCACGCUUGCCAACGGUGCUGCUCCGGGCGGCGGCGGCGGCAGCUACGGCGCCGCUCCCGCCCCUGCUUCCACCGACGACAACGAUGCUUACGACAGCUCCUCUGCCGACCCCACUUCCUCCAGCAACGAUGACGAGGACUACUCCGACGACUCCGACGACUCCGACGACGCUAGCCCCUCGUCGCUGGACCAGCUCGCCGCCGCUCUUGCCACCGUCAUGGGCGGUGCCGGCAACAGCGACAUGCUCAAGAGCCUCGGCAGCCUCGAUUCCUACAUGCAGGCGGCCAAGGCUGCUGCCGCCGCUGCCACCCCUGCGGACGAUCAAAGCAACUCGCCGCAGGCUGCUGCUGCUGCUGCUCCCGCCACCCCGGUCUUGGGUGGUGCCAGGAGGGUUGGCGGUGUCGCGUACUAG